GGGAAACAAAACCAUAAAUUUAAAUUUAAGGCAAUGUAUCCCUUCAAAUGUGUUACAGUCUUCAACCCCAUCACACCUUGUCACAUUAAUAUUUUUAGAAAAAUAUAGGGAAGACUUAAGAACAAAAGUAUUUCUUGCUGAUUACCACCUGACAUGUUAUGGGCUAAAACAAUAAAAUUGUGGUUUUAGUUAAAAUUUUAAAUGAAAAAUAUUUUUUACAAAUAUAAAGAGACUGUAGACACACAAUUUGUGUAUUUUUAGCUUCAGUCCUAUAAAAAUGUGAAAAUGUUACAUUUGUUAUCAUUAAAUUGUUAUCAAGGACACAAGAGCAGUAGGUAGAUGUUUGUUUUAUAAAAAUUUCUGUGUAAAAUCCUAAAAUAAUAAAAGGUCUUUAAUGCCUGAGGUGGGAAAAUAUGAUAUUUUGAAUAUGAUAUAUUAAAAUAUGAUUCAUAUUUUUUGGAGGUUUGAUAUGUGCCUAAUGAUGUGGGGUAUUUAGAAGUCAAAUCACAUGUAGUUGAAAAACAUGUAUAUUCCAAGUUGAUUAUUGUAUAUUAUUGUAUAUUCGUUGUUACUGAAUCCCAGGAAUGACCCUCCUGUCAUUGAUCAGAAGGUCUGUACCUUUUUUUUAUUUCAUUUAUUUAUUUGUAAGUAGGAGCACUAGUGCUCCUGAAAAUAAAUGUAAGCAUAGAGUCCUCAAGAAUGUAAUAUUAAAAACUAACUACAAACGUUUUUGCAACGUAAUAUGUGCAAAUUCACACUUCAUUUUCUGUCUUUUUGAUUCACUUCUAGGGAGCCCAUUUCCAUCCUCUGGUACAGUAUGUUCUCCAUAUCAAAGGGCACAUCUCAAAGAAACCCUUGACAAGUGACACUCAUGAAAAGCUAAGCUCUUAAAAUACAUCUGGCAGGAAUGAACACCUUAUAGGGUUUGCUUUAUCAUAUCACACAUUGAUCUGAAUUACAGGUUUGCAGUUUCAUACAUACUUCACAAGCAGCAUGUACUGGUAAUGUAUUAAGUAUUAUAAGUAAUAAGUCAUUAGAAAGCAUCUGCUAUUAACAUGAAUAUUACUUAAUGUAUUUUUAAUGUCAAUCUCUCUGAUGCAUUCAUGUAAUAAUAUAGUCAUCUAGCACACCAUGAUUUAAUUUUAAGAGAGAUAAAGAUUUGUUUUCACCCUUUUCACUUUAAAAUGUUAAAUAUUGAAAUUAUGAAACCUGAAAAAUGUAUAGGUAAAUUAAUAUGAAAAAGUAAAUUCUUUAAAAAAGGAAACAGAGGGAUAUUAAUGGGUUGAUACAGAAAAUAAAUAAAUAUAUUAUUAUUAUUUAAAUAUUAAUAUAUAAUAAUUGUCUGUAAGAUUUGCAUUCUUUGAGAACAUUCUGUGGUAAAAAAAUUUAUUUUAUUUUAUUUUAUUCAUUUUUAAAGACGCAAAAUGAGCCCCAACAGUUAUUUCUUACUGUCUUUGAUAUAACAUUCUUUUCCCUCUUCUGUUGAUGUUUCUAUGUGUAAGACAACCACUAUCUCCCUCUAGUGGACAAUAGACAACACUGAAAACAUCAGGUUAACUCCUUGGACAGUUUUUAAAUGGGUUGCACUCACGCAGUCUCCACCGCCAUCCAUCUCUUUCAGAUCUCCUGUGUUGUUCCCCGCCCACUAGAAUGACUAAAUGAUGAGGCAUGUCUUUUCUGCUCACCCUCCUCCCCUCCUGCUACUAGCACACUGGCUGUCAGCUGCCGGUCUCAUGACCAGGACGGCACGCACUGAGCAUGCCCGAGCUGUCGUGUGUUGUCAGGGAGAAAGCAGACAACGGAGACAGCGAGAAAUACAACCCAUGAGAGGAGCCAGACGAGAAACAGGGACGGCUAGACAAUAGGGGUUUCCAUGGAGAUGACUUUGCUAAUGGACCCCAGAAAAUGAGCGCAGCCCUUCCGUCAUCUUUGUUCAACCUGUGUUGACCUCCCAAACCAGCCUAGCCUAACCACAUUUAGCUGGAAUGGAUGAAUGUGGCAGAGGAAACUCACUAGAGCAGCAUCUAUGAACAGCAUGAGCAUCGGUGAGCAAUUCUGGAGCGACGAGGACUCGGAUGGUGACAGCGAUGGUGAGGAUUUCUUCUACGGAGCCCAGGGUAAUUAUACCACUGACCUGAGUCGACAUCCACAGUUGGACAUUGAUGUUGGUGCAGUGAGGGACAUCUAUUCUGAAAGUGCCAUUUCUGUCAGGGAGUAUGAGACCAUUGAUGAUGUCGAUAUUGAUCUCCACAUUAACGUCAGCUUCCUGGAUGAGGAGGUGGCGUCAGCAUGGAAGGUCACGAGGACAGAGCCAAUCAUUUUACGCCUUCGUUUCUCACUGUCCCAGUAUCUAGAUGGACCAGAACCCACCGUGGAGGUGUUCCAGCCAACUUGUAAAGAUGGUUUCUGCCUUGGGGUUCAGCUUAAAAGAAUUCUCAGCACGUUUAUAUCUAAUCAAUGGAAACAUCUAAGCAAUGAGUUCCUGAACGCCCAACAGAGGAAGAGACACAGCUGGUUUAAGGCUGGAGGAACCAUCAAGAAGUUCAGAGCUGGACUUAGCAUCUUCUCACCAAUAACCAAGUGCUCCAGUGUUCCUCUGAUUCAGGGCCCUGGGGUGAAGACAAGGCCAGCAGGACAGGAGUUGAGAGUGACCCGCUUGAUGAGCCGCUCCAUGUCCUGCACCAAAGGAGAACUGCACACCCCCAGCCCAAUUGGACAAACUGUGGCCGCCCCAGGCUCGAGAUCCACCGUGCACAUCACCACCAGGCAGCUCAUUCAGCUCUUCUUCUCCUCACAAGCGCUCAUUCACUGCAAGAGCAUCCCAACCCUGGAGUACGGCUUCCUCGUACAGGUUAUGAAGUACUCCGAGCAGAGGAUCCCCACUCUGAACGAUUAUUGUGUUGUCUGUGAUGAACAGCAUGUUUUUCAGAAUGGUUCCAUGCUCAAGCCUGCUGUUUGUACGAGAGAACUGUGCGUGUUUUCCUUCAACACUCUGGGUGUCAUGUCAGGAGCUGCAGAAGACGUAGCUACUGGAGCUGAGGUAGUAGACCUGCUGGUGGCAAUGUGUCGUGCUGCACUUGAAUCUGCCCGUAAAAGCAUCAUCUUUGAUCCUUACCCCUCUGUUGUUGACCCUCAUGACCCCAAGUCUCUGGCCUUCAAUCCGAAGAAAAGAAGUUACGAGCGGCUACAGAGAGCAUUAGACAGCAUCACAUCAAUCCGAGAAAUAACACAAGGCCCUUAUGUUGAAAUAAAGAAACAGAUGGACAAACUUGACCCGCUUGCACAUCCUCUGCUUCAGUGGAUUAUAUCCAGCAACAGGUCUCACAUUGUCAAGCUCCCCUCCAGCAGGCAACUGAAGUUCAUGCACACCUCCCAUCAGUUCCUGCUCCUCAGCAGUCCUCCUGCUAAAGAAGCCCGCUUUCGCACUGCUAGAAAACUCCACGGCAGCACGUUCGCUUUUCAUGGUUCUCAUAUUGAAAACUGGCACUCUAUUCUACGAAAUGGACUUGUAAACGCCUCCUACACGAAACUGCAGCUGCAUGGGGCGGCCUAUGGGAAGGGCAUCUACCUCAGCCCCAUCUCCAGCAUCUCAUUUGGAUACUCAGGAAUGGGAAAGGGACAGCACCACAUGCCUACUAAAGAGGAAUUAGUACAGCACUACAACCGGGUCAACACUGUCUUACAGUGUCGACCCACGCAGUCGAGGUUUCUUCAGAGUCGGAAUCUGAACUGUGUUGCUCUGUGUGAGGUAAUAACUUCCAAAGAUCUACAGAAACAUGGAAAUAUUUGGGUUUGCCCAAUUUCUGAUCACGUCUGCACACGCUUCUUUUUUGUGUACGAGGACGGCCAGGUAGGGGAUGCUAACAUCAACACACAGGACGUCCGGAUACAGAAAGAGAUAUUGCGGGUGAUCGGGGGACAAUCGACCUGACUGACCUGCUUCACCACUGUGACGCUUUGAGACAUUUUAAGGGAACAUAUGAACUGAAUAUGGGAAAGAUUUACCUCAAACUAGGUGUUUUUGAUGAUGCUAGCCUCCAGUCAAGUUUGUCUUUACGUGGAAAGAAGGGAAACUCGUUUUGUAACUUUUUUGAUAAACAUUUUAGUAAUUUAUUUCUCAUUUAGUCUCUACAUCAUGUUCGCAGCUUUACGUUUUUUCUACAUCAUGAGAAGUGCAGUUAAUUAGCGUUGACUUUACAGCGGUUGAAAAAAGUGUAAUUCCCAUUUUGCCCACUGGGGGUCUCUAUUGCCUAAGAGAAUAAAAAUAGCAUAAAAUAACUUGGGAAUGAAAUAUAAAAGGCUUUUAAUUCUAUAAACCUGCCAUUUUAAAGUGUUUACAUCUACCGUUAUGGACAACUCCGCAUUAUUAAGUACUGUUUGAUGUAUGUAUACUAGUGUAAUGCAGCCUAUCAGUUUGUUCAGUUUAUUUUCAUGAGAGUGUUGUGACGCCAGUUACUUGUUAUGGAUCUUAAACCUCUUAACAUGAAAUGUUAAUAAGUUUGGUGCUGUGCACUAGAAGGCAUUGUGUUCUCAUUUACUCUUCAGAGAGCUUCAAGCAGAGAAGACUGCCAAUAAACGACACGUAACGACACAUUUCAGACGAGAUAUGUGUGUUCGAUUUUGUCAAUCUGAACACUGAAGGAGGGUCAUGGUUUCAUACGGCCUAUUUGUAUGUCGGCAAUUUUUCAAUAAAUUUAGAGCAUGUUGCGAAUGAGCUCCUUUGUAAAUGAUGUGACCAAAUGCUCCCACAAUGAUAGUAAAACUAAAAUUACCUGCAUUAUGAAGACUUCAUAAUGGCCCUAACAAUGGAAACAGCUUGUAUAGGACUGAAUAGUGUCUUAAUUAAAAUCUAAACUUGCCAAAA